AUGAUAAAGUCAGUAACUCUUCGUCUAUUACCUCUCUCUAUACAGUUUAAAGGCAAGGCUAAGUUCCUCUCCAAGUCUUGUUUUCCAGCAAGACCCUUCUCGGUGGUUCGCUGUUCAAGCACGAGAGAAAUCCCCAAGCUUGAGCUCUUCAGCAGUGGAAAAUUUGACCGGAUUAUUCAAAAUCCACCAUUGAUCGAAAAAGCCGAGAUCGAACUCUCCGAUUACUGUUCAACACUCGAAGGUGAUGGGGCUUACUUUGAACUCAAAGACCUUGAGGAAGAGAAGCCAAAGGUGGAAGUUGAGUAUAUAAUCUUGCAAACAGGCGGUGUGAAAUCGUUAAUCGGGUGUUUACAUUGACUUGCUUCAAUAGAGAAGGACAACAAAACCAAGAAUGGUUUAGAAGUUACAGAGCAAUCAGAUUCAGUGCAAGGGAUGAAACUUCAUUAUAUUCAUGUUCCUGAUGGUUUACCAAAAUCACAAGAAGAAGUCAUGGAAGAAGAGAAAUCAUGAAUGCCAGAUUCUGCUUUCACAAAAUUGCUUAGAACAAAAGGAACUAUCCCUGCUUGGUUCUCUCACGCUCUUGACCACGAAACAGACUGAAAAAUCCCUCUCACACCCUAUGGUACUUUAGAAAGUUGUUUCCCUACACAGUUUUACUUUUAUGUAUAUAUAGCAAUAAGGGGUUUCUUGAUUUUGCUUAGAACAUAUAAAUCACUGUGAUAUCUCAUUGUUAUCCCAAUAAAAUAUUGUUGUCAUUGUGUGA